ACACACCCAGGGUGAUUGCUAUGCAAAUUAAAUAUAGCUUCACCAAUCAGCUUGCUUCUCCUAACCCCUCAUAGAAAUCUUGGAGCAGCCCUGGGGUGCAGUGAGGCCAGAUUCCAGGAAGGGAAUGGAUGGGAUGGGUCUGGGUACUGGUGAGCAGUGGGGAGGGGAAGUAGGUUAGCUUCUGGGCCAGGGAGGGCUCCUGGAGGCUUGUUCUGGGUAAAAGCUGGUCUUCUUGAACCUCAGAAGUUAGGGGAACCCACAUCCUGGUCUCACCCGCCCAACCGCCCACUCACCCUUGGGUUAGCAGCCAUCUAAGCCCCACCCUCCCCCUCACAUGCUUAGCUAGCCUGCCACAAGCUGGCCCCUUGGCCUCCUAGAGACCCAGACAUCUCCAUCAGCAGCAUCCAUCCUCUCUCCUCAGGGAGGCAUGCAUUUGAUACUCGAGGUCCCUGGCAGUUGUGAUCCUUAGCAAGUGAUAUACCUCACUGCUCAGAUCCCCUUCGCCAACUGGGACAUCUUCCGACGUGGCCUGGAUGCUGUUGCUCAUCUUGAUCAUGGUCUAUCCAGGAUCCUGUGCUCUCUGGGUGUCCCAGCCCCCUGAGAUUCGUACCCUGGAAGGAUCCUCUGCCUUCCUACCCUGCUCCUUCAAUGCCAGCCAAGGGAGACUGGCCAUUGGCUCCGUCACAUGGUUCCGAGAUGAGGUGGCUCCAGGGAAGGAGGUGAGGAAUGGAACCCCAGAGUUCAGGGGCCGCCUGGCCCCACUUUCUUCUUCCCGUUUCCUCCGUGACCACCAGGCUGAGCUGCAUAUCUGGGACGUGCGAGGCCAUGACGCCGGCAUCUACGUGUGCAGGGUGGAGGUGCUGGGCCUGGGUGUCGGGACAGGGAAUGGGACUCGGCUGGUGGUGGAGAAAGGUGAGAUGCUGGGAGAUGGUGUCUCCUCCUGGCUGGAGACCCCAAGAGGCAAUGUCCUUGGGAGUCAGGGAUGCUCCUCUGAGGCCCCUACCCUCCCUGAGCCUGUGUGCACUUCUUCCCCAACCCCCUUCUCCAUUGCCCCAUGCAGAACAUCCUCAGCUAGGGGCUGGUACAGUCCUCCUCCUUCGGGCUGGAUUCUAUGCUGUCAGCUUUCUCUCUGUGGCCGUGGGCAGCACCCUCUAUUACCAGGGAAAAUGUCACUGUCACAUGGGAACACACUGCCACUCCUCAGAUGGCCCCUGAGGAGUGAUUCCAGAGCCCAGAGGUCCCUAGUCCCCUUCAAAAGACCCCAAUAAAUCACUGUCUGCCCCACCACUAACUCCUCCUUAUGAGUCUCAAGUGUUUUCUUCUCCAUUCUCCAGAUGCCAAAUCUAUUCUCUCCAGAUUCCCCCAGCUCUGAACUCUCCCUUCCACCAGGUCUGACCUGGAAAGGUCCAAGAAGGCAGCUUCCGGCUGUAGUCCCAGGGCCCCUCCCACCACCAUGUGGGAGCUCAGCACACCUGCUUCCCCCAGUCCCAGGAGGCUGAGCCUGAUUGUCUUGAGAAAUGGGAAGGAUCAGAUAUGACUCCUCCUUGGCAACUGCCCUUUCCUGCCAGGCCCACACAUACCCUCCUCUGGCUGUCAGGGGAGCUUGGGUCCAUGAACACUCUCUCUCACCCAGUAAAUUACUACUUGAUCCCAGAGUGGGUGGAAGGGUGA